GUGUAGACUAGUAUCUGCAAACCAGAAUGAAUAUUGGACAGGCUGCAGAAGAUAAAACGAUCUCCUUUCCAGGCCGAGCUUGAUGUUCUGAUCAAUGCACUAUCUCUUCGUUUUCUUGUCAUCAUUCAAGAGGUCGACCACACUCAAAACAUAACGCCAUGCAAGCCCUGAUUUCGAUUCCGAAAGACAAAUCUGUCGUAGUUCAGGAAGUGCCAAAACCAAAGCCUGGACCUACCGAGAUACUCGUCAAAGUCCAUGCUGUGGCGUUGAAUCAUGUAGAUGCGAUUUAUGCUAAAUUCCCAAUCGCUGCACAAGAUGUUCGCACCAUUGGCAGCGACUUCGCUGGAGAGGUGGUUGAGAUCGGUGCAGAUCUUCAAGGCAUUACCGAUCCAAGAGCAAUAGAAGGAGCACGAGUAGCUGGAUUUGUACAAGGUGCAUGUUCCGUCAAUGAGCGCCCUGGAGCAUUUGCUGAGUAUCUUGCUAUCGACAUGGACCUUACUUGGAGCGUUCCGGACCAGAUGCCGUACGAGGAUGCUGCGACAAUCAGUCUUUGUGGUCUUACUGCCGCUCAGGCAGUGUUCGAUAGACUACAACUACCCUGCCCAUUUCGCCAGACGGAAGGUUUCGGCGGGUUAACACUCAAGCCGAAUGAGCUGGUUAACGUUUUUAUUUAUGGUGCAACUUCUUCCCUUGGUCUUUAUGCCGCACAACUAGUCAGGAAGGCUGAACAGGCUUCGGGAACGAAGGUUCGACUGCUGGGUGCCGCAAGUGCCGCAAAGCACGCCCAAUUACAGCAAACGCCAUACAAUUAUGAUGUAUUGGUGGACUACAAGGACCCAGAAUGGCCCAUAGAGAUACGCAAAGCGACAGGUAAACAAGGGGGUGUUCAGUAUGCUCUGGAUGCUGUAUCUCAAGGACAGACCGUCAGUCUGGUCGAGAGUACUAUUGGUGUCCAAGGAAGAUUCGCAGCUUUCCGUUCGCCAGCUCUAGGAGGUUUCAGAAUCGACGAGCUCCGAAUCAAACCAAUCCUUGGUGCGGUGUGGGAAGGCCUUGGAGCUGAGAUUGUAUAUCAGGGAGGGGCUGUCAUCCCAGCCAACUCAGAAGCGCGUCAAUUUGCCGCAGAAUUCUACAAGUAUCUUGGCCUUGUCGGAAUAGUUCCAAACCCCACUCGACGGAUGUCAGGAGGCCUUGCCAACAUCCCCAACGAAGGAUUCUCACUUCUCGGAGCCUGGGGCGACAAAGAAGCAACAGCCAGAGAGCAUCUGAGACCUAUUAGUGGCGAGAAGAUUGUCUACACGGUAUCCUAGUGCGAUGCCAGGUUGCCCAUUGAGUCGAUGUUGUAACAGCUUAUCAGACCUCUUGUAUCGAAGGGCCGUCUCUGAGCUGAAGCCUUGAUGUAAAGCUUGUAACUUGUAAAUUUUCAUACAGGUUUUUCUUCUUUGCUAUUUCAAGGGGCUGAAUUGCUUCGUCGGUAUUCUUUCAAUAAUCAAAUAAACUAAGCCGUCGACUAUAAGUUGGUAAGGGAUACAGGUGCUCAAACGACCCUAUCCUUUCUACCUUCUUUGGCAUCUGUUCAACUCCUCUCUGGCUAGUCUAGUGUGCACACCUAUUCGAGGUCAAUGCUGUCAACAACUCAACUUAGAUAACAUGCUUCGAUUGCUCAAAGAUCGAUUCAAGAUAAUACUGGCACCUGUAGAUUGCGU